AUGUACGAAGAGCUGUCUGUAGAUGCAACUCCCGGUCCCUCUCGUGUACGGCGGAUGGAUGAACUGGUCUCGACAGCGAAAGAUGAAGAUGUCGCAGUUGAUGGUGAUGGUCCUUUUUUUCUGUCUUUCUUCCUCCGUUUUAACGCAGGCUGGUCCUUGGCCGUUGACCCGCGACGAGACGAGGCAGAAGGACGGCGAGAGAAAGCAAAGGCCGAGAUGGAGAUGGAGAUGAGUAUUUUUGUCUGCCUGGAGAGAUUUUAUGCUGACUGGGGGUUUUUCUUUCUUCAGGUCGGAAAGGGGCUGCUCGUCGCUGCAAGGGUGCCUGUAGUCGACGGAGCUUUCAGCCAGGCAGACAGCCAGAUAGACAGACAGACAGAGAGAUAG